AUGUAGAAUUAUUUUUAAUUCAAGGAUUUAUAUAAAGAAAAUAAAUUUGUCCAAGCAAUUUAAGAAGCCAACAAGGCUCUGGAACUAAUGCCAAAGCUUGCCUCUGCAUAUUUGUAUAGAGGUAUCAUUUAUUAAAUGCAAUAACUAGGAUGGUGUCACAAAGAAUAAAAUUUAAAUUAGGAGGCGUUAAACGAUUUUACUAAGGCUAUAGAGCUUGAUCCUAAUUUAGUCUAACCUUACCAAAAUAGAGGUAAGUAUAAUAGAUAUAUAAAAGCAAAUUUAUUAUUGGAUCUAAAUAAGGAUGAAGAAGCUAUAAAAGAUUUUUAAAAGGUUAUAUAAAUUGAUCCAAACUACAUAAAUGCAUAUUACAACAAAUUUAUUGCUUUAAACAAGUUAGGAAAGUAUAAAGAUGCUGUUAAAGAUUUAAAUAAAGUAAUAGAAUUAGAUUCUACAUAUGUAAAUGCCUACUAUCAAAGAGGUUUACAAUCAGUUAAUUAUGAAUAGGUAUCCUUCAUUCAAAUUUGGGGAAUAAUGAAGAAUGUUUAAAAGAUUACGAUAGAGUAAUUCAGCUCAAUCCAAAUCAUGAAAACUGCUACUUUAAGAGAGGUUAAUUUUCUAUCAAUUAUUAGCAAUGACUUUAAAUAUGUUAGGCAAAACAGAAGAUGCAGUUAAAGAUUAUAAAAAAGUUCUUAGCUUAAAUCCUAAUAAUGCAAAUGCCUACAAUAAUUUAGGUAAUCAUGUUGUUAAAGUAGCUAAUAUUUUCCAUACUUUGGGAAGAGAUGAAGAAGCAAUAAAUUGUUAUUAGAAGAUAAUUGAAAUCAAACCAGAAGAACAAGAUGCUUAUUCUAAUUAAGGUAAUUAUCAUUUGAUAGACCAGCCAUAUUGUUGAAAAAUCUUGGUAAAAAUGAUGAGGCUAUUAAUUGUUACAAUAAAUUAAUAGAUCUAAAUCCCAAUGAUGCUAACCCGUAUUUUCGCAGAGGAUUUCUUCUGAUGCAGAAAAAUAAAAUUUAGUCAUUAUAGGAUUUUACUAAAGCAAUUGAAUUAAACCCUUCAAAUAAGGAUGCUCACUAUAAUAAAGGUAGUGUGGUUAUUAUAUUGUGUCUAGCAUUAUUAUUAAAUGAAUUGGGGCAAGAAGAGAAUGCUCUAUUAAGCUAUUAAUAGGUUAUAAAACUUGAUCCAAAAUAUUAAAAUGCUUACUUUAAUCAAGGUAUUUAAUCUAAUUUUACAAAGCAAUCAUUCUGAGAAAACUUGGAAAGAAAGAAGAAGCCUUAAAUUCGUAUAAUAUAUUGUUGUAAAUGCAUCCUAAUACAGUUGAAGCAUACUAUAAUAGAGGUAAUUUUCACCAAAAGUUAUAAUAGCUAUUUUACUUGAUGAAGUAGGCUAAAAGGAGAAAGCAAUACAAGAUUACAACAAGGCAAUAGAAUUAGACCCUUCUUAUUAGAGUGCCUAUUUGAAUAGAGGCAUUAUUUAUAUCUAUUCUAGGAAUUUUACUAGAUGAACUUGGAAGGAUGGAUGAUGCCUUAAAGAAUUUUAAUAAGGUAAUUGAAUUAAAUCCAAAGGAUGCUAAGCUCUAUAAGUGUAGAGGUUUUAUUGAUUUUUAUUUUUAGCUGAUUUGAUGGAGAAAAUGGGACAAAAUUAGAAAGCUUUUAAUGACUAUCAACAAGCUAUUGAUCUUGACCCUCAAUUCAUUAAUGCUUAUUUUAAUAGAGGUAUACAUUACUAUCAUCCAUAGCAUUGCUAUAUCAAAAAUAAAAAAAAUAUUAAGAAGCGUUGAAUGAUUUAAACAAAAUAAUUGAACUAGAUCCUAAAAAUGCCUCAACCUUUAAUAGAAGGGGUACAAUUAACACAUAUUCUUUUAGGAUGUAUUUACCAUGAACUGGAAAAAGAUAAAGAAGCAAUGAUUGAUUUCAAUACAUCUCUUUUAUUAGAUCCUAAUAAUCCUAGCACCUAUAAUAAUCGAGGUUAAUUUACAGUUAUAACUCUAGCCAAUCUCUUUAGCGAUUAAGGAUUAGAUUAGGAAGCACUUAAUGAUUAUAAUUAGUCUAUUUUGCUAGAUCCUUUAAGUUCCUUUAAAUAUUGUAACAGAGGUUCUUGUUUGCUCAAUUAAAAUAGGGCUUUUAUUAAAAAAACAAGAGAGAAAUCAAGAAGCCCUUAAUGAUUUUAAUAAGGCGAUUGAACUUGACAAUAAAAAUGAAGAAGCUUAUAAUAGUCGAGGUAAGAAAUUAAUCUAGUUCAGGUAAUUUGUAUAAAGAAUUGAAUAAAUUGGAUGAAGCAUUUAAGGACUAUAAUAAGGCUACCGAACUCAACCCUAAAUAUGUUAAUUCUCUUUAUAAUAGAGGUANCUUAAAUCCUAAUAAUGCAAAUGCCUACAAUAAUUUAGGUAAUCAUGUUGUUAAAGUAGCUAAUAUUUUCCAUACUUUGGGAAGAGAUGAAGAAGCAAUAAAUUGUUAUUAGAAGAUAAUUGAAAUCAAACCAGAAGAACAAGAUGCUUAUUCUAAUUAAGGUAAUUAUCAUUUGAUAGACCAGCCAUAUUGUUGAAAAAUCUUGGUAAAAAUGAUGAGGCUAUUAAUUGUUACAAUAAAUUAAUAGAUCUAAAUCCCAAUGAUGCUAACCCGUAUUUUCGCAGAGGAUUUCUUCUGAUGCAGAAAAAUAAAAUUUAGUCAUUAUAGGAUUUUACUAAAGCAAUUGAAUUAAACCCUUCAAAUAAGGAUGCUCACUAUAAUAAAGGUAGUGUGGUUAUUAUAUUGUGUCUAGCAUUAUUAUUAAAUGAAUUGGGGCAAGAAGAGAAUGCUCUAUUAAGCUAUUAAUAGGUUAUAAAACUUGAUCCAAAAUAUUAAAAUGCUUACUUUAAUCAAGGUAUUUAAUCUAAUUUUACAAAGCAAUCAUUCUGAGAAAACUUGGAAAGAAAGAAGAAGCCUUAAAUUCGUAUAAUAUAUUGUUGUAAAUGCAUCCUAAUACAGUUGAAGCAUACUAUAAUAGAGGUAAUUUUCACCAAAAGUUAUAAUAGCUAUUUUACUUGAUGAAGUAGGCUAAAAGGAGAAAGCAAUACAAGAUUACAACAAGGCAAUAGAAUUAGACCCUUCUUAUUAGAGUGCCUAUUUGAAUAGAGGCAUUAUUUAUAUCUAUUCUAGGAAUUUUACUAGAUGAACUUGGAA